AUUUUAAUGAAAACACUAUUUCUGAUCACCUUAAUUCUUUGCUAUGCCAAUUGCAGUCUUGAAACUAUUGGAUUGAGACACAAAUUAUCCCAAAUCAUUCAAGAGCAUUAAUAAAGUCUCUAAUAAGAUAAAUAAAUGUCAGGAGGAUGGAUCAAAGUAUUAAAUGUUUAAAUAUCUAUAGUAACCAUUAGAUGAAUUUGUACAAUAAAACAAUAAUAUAAUAAACUCUUCUUUGGAGGCUGUUGAAGAAAAGUAUCAUCCAUUAAAAGAUGAAUAUACAUAUGAAAAGUUGCUUCAAGUUACUACUUAAGUGGUAGCAGGAAUCAACUACAAAGUUCUUGUUUAAUAUGAAAAAGAUAAUUCUAAAAGAAUUUUUGAAGUUUAAUAAUACGUUGUGUAAAUUUUACCAUUUUUAAAUUAGUCCAUGGAAUCCAUCAGCUAAUUCCAUUACCAAAGUCGAAGAAAUCGUUUCAUCAAACUAAUGAAAUAAAUAUUCUAAUACAAAAUAACAUUAAUAUAUAUGAU